AUGGAAGGACCACAGGGCCUCUUCACGCUCGACGAGCGCAGGCAGCUGGAGGAUUGCAUAACCAAAGUAGACGAGUUUCGGCGGAGAUACCAACAAUUCAAACCCGCGAAGUUCGCCAACCUGCUCUUCCACGAGGAGCGCUUCAAGUAUUGCUUCGUCCGCAUCGCGAGCAACGACUGGAGGCUGUCCCUGGACGAUGCCUCUGCUCCUCUCUACAAGGCUCUCACCAUUGUCCGCCGACAAGAUCCUGGACUGCGUGAGGAGGCGUAUUUGUAUGCUCGUUUGGACGCUGCUGUGAAGAUGGCUCAGCAGUGCGGGAGUAUGGGGCAUUCGAUGCAGAUGACUGUGAAUGCUUGGGAGGCUAGCCUGCCGGACCGGCAGAGGGAGGAACUCAAAGAUGCGCUCAAGGAUGCUAGGGAGCAGUUGUGUGACUGGGCGCCAUCGACUUGA